GAGAAUUUUGUAGUAAUGUGUGGUUUUGGAAGGAAGAAAGUGUUUCAGCUGUUGCUUAGUGAUGGAAUUUUUUCCUGUCUUACAGAAAUAUCGGCAGUACAUGGCUAGUUUCCUGGCUCCCCCGUAUGGUGUUCUUGAGACGGGCUCAAAUGACAGAUUAUCCGACAAAGAAAACAUGAACAGCUCCUUAUGUUCGGGAUCCAAGAACUGCAGCAAGACUGCACUCAUUGAAAAUCAAAUCUCGAUCCGUCAAGCUAAAACCAUUACAGAGGUAAUGGGGUUUCGUGAAGUGUCUAAGAUCCCAUCUGAACGUAUUCUCCGGGCUGGGAAGAUAUUACGUAAUGCCAUUCUUUGCCGAGCGCCUCACAUGAUCAGAGAUCGCAAGUAUCACCUAAAAACAUACAGGCAAUGCUGUGUAGGAACAGAACUGGUUGACUGGCUGAUCCAGCAGAGCUCCUGUGUUCAUUCCCGGACACAAGCCGUGGGCAUGUGGCAAGUCGUACUGGAGGAGGGAGUUCUUAACCAUGUUGACCAAGAAUAUUACUUCCAAGACAAGUAUCUGUUUUAUCGGUUCUUGGAUGAUGAACACGAUGAUGUGCCUAUGCCAACCGAUGAGGAGAAGCGGGAAAGUGAGGAGGAGCUCCAGGAAACCUUACUUGUGUUGUCUCAGAUAGGACCUGAUGCUCACAUGAGAAUGAUCCUUCGAAAACCACCAGGUCAGAGGACCGCUGAUGAUCUGGAAAUUAUUUUCGAAGAACUUAUUCACAUUAAAGCCUUAUCUCACCUCUCCACCACAGUUAAACGGGAAUUGGCUGGAUUUUUAAUAUUUGAAUCUCAUCCCAAAGCAGGAACAGUUUUAUUUAACCAGGGCGAAGAAGGGACUUCAUGGUAUAUCAUAUUAAGAGGAUCUGUCAACGUGGUCAUCUAUGGCAAGGGUGUGGUAUGUACCCUUCAUGAAGGAGAUGACUUUGGAAAGUUGGCUUUAGUGAAUGAUGCACCUCGGGCAGCGUCUAUAGUUCUACGGGAAGAUAACUGCCACUUUCUGCGAGUGGACAAAGAGGACUUCAACCGAAUCCUAAGGGAUGUUGAAGCAAAUACAGUGAGGCUUAAAGAACAUGAUCAAGAUGUCUUGGUGUUGGAGAAAAUUCUGUCUGGGGCUCAAGUGUCAGCACAAGGCAACACGCAAUCCCCUUAUAAGUACACAGUGAUGUCUGGAAAUCCAGAAAAAAUCUUAGAACACUUCUUAGAGACCAUGCGCCUUGAGUCGGGAUUAAAUGAAGUGUCAGGUAACAAAGAUACCGCUGUAGAUGACUUUAUUCUCAUGCAGUGUGUUUUCAUGCCAAACUGUCAGCUCUGCCCUAUCUUGAUGUCCCAAUAUCCUUUCCUUCUUCGCACCUACCAUUCCCAGCCCUCCCAGGGCACAGAGCAAGAGAAAAUGGAUUAUGCCAUCAAUAACAAGCGCAGGGUGAUCCGAUUGGUGCAGCAGUGGGCCAACCUGUAUGGGGACUUGUUACGGGAAGAUGAAGUGGCUAUAAAUUUUCUUGAGGAAUUUUAUGGAUCUGUAUCAGAUGAUACAAGAACGAUUGCUGCACUAAAGGAACAGCUUCCUGAGCUGGAGAGGACUGUAAAGCAAAUAUCUGAAGACGGAAAACAGAAGAAACACAAAGUGCUUUUGCGGCAGUUCAGCACUGGGGAUGAAAGACUACAGAAGCGACAGCCAAUACGAAGCACGGAUGAACUUCUGUUCAAGGUGUACUGCAUUGAUCACACGUACACCACCAUUCGUGUGCAAGUGGCAGCCUCGGUGAAGGAAGUGCUCUCUGCUGUAGCCGAUAAACUGGGCUCUGGGGAAAGCCUGAUACUUGUAAAGAUCAGUUCUGCAGGAGAGAAAGUGGUUCUGAAGCCAAAUGACAUUUCUGUGUUUACAACACUCAGCGUUAAUGGACGACUCUUUGCUUGUCCUCGGGAUCAGUUUGAUUCUCUGACACCGAUUCCAGAACAAGAGGGCCCGUCAGUCGGUACCAUGUCAACGUUUGAACUCAUGAGUUCAAAGGAUUUGGCUUACCAAAUGACAAUUCACGACUGGGACCUUUUCAACUGUGUUAAUGAGCUGGAGUUAAUCUAUCACACCUUUGGAAGGCACAAUUUUAAAAAGACAACAGCCAAUUUGGACCUCUUCCUGAGACGUUUCAAUGAAAUCCAGUUUUGGGUUGUGACUGAGAUUUGCCUGUGCCCUCAACUCAGCAAGCGUGUUCAACUUCUGAAGAAAUUUAUUAAAAUUGCAGCCCAUUGUAAGGAAUACAAGAAUCUGAACUCGUUCUUUGCAAUUGUCAUGGGACUAAGCAAUGUGACAGUGAGUCGGCUUUCAAUGACGUGGGAGAAACUUCCAAGCAAGUUCAAGAAGAUCUAUGCAGAGUUUGAAAAUUUAAUGGACCCAUCAAGAAAUCACAGAGCAUACAGGCUGACUAUAGCUAAACUGGAGCCACCAAUUAUUCCAUUUACACCUUUACUCAUUAAAGAUAUGACUUUUACCCACGAAGGGAACAAAACAUUUAUCGACAAUCUGAUAAACUUUGAGAAAAUGCGUAUGAUUGCAAACACCGUCAGAACAAUGAGAUACUGCCGGAGCGUGCCCUUCAGCCCUGAUGCUUCCCUUGUUAACAAAAAUCACCAGGAUGUUCGAAAUUACGUACGGCAGUUCAACGUCAUUGACAAUCAGAGGAUAUUAUCGCAGAUGUCACAUCGGCUAGAACCACGACGCACCUAAAAAGGAAGUCCGUAAUCUAGGAUGUUCUUUUCAUGGCAAGCACUGUGGCAAUUAUUACGUUUUGUACUUUUUCUUAGUGCCACAAUCAUAUGACCUGUGAAUAUUGUAAAUUUUUUAUGUGGUGACUGAAAAAUACACCAAUACAUAAUGGUUAUACAGCUACUGUACUUAGGGUUGUGAUGUAAAAUUAUACUUUGAUGGCAGCUA